UCUUUUAUGAAAAAGAGAAGUCCACGAAUUGUAAAUACAUAAAUUAACAGAAAAGACUGUAUUUGUACCUAAUAACAUUUUAAGGGUAGUUGCAGCAUAUGAAUUUUAUGCGAACAAGUAUUAAAUUGUAUUUUAUGAAAUAUAUGAAAAUUAUUGCUUGAGUUAAAACUAUAACAUUGUAAUCAUGUUGAGCUUAAUAAGAUGUAGUAGUUUAAUCACAAGCAAAAAUAGCGCAACAAGAAUUUUACAAAUUCAGAAAAAUUUGUAUACAUGUACUAGAACACCUAAGCUUAUAAAUGGAGCCUGUACACUUAUAAAAAGAAACUCCAUUUAUUUAUAUAAGGGCUUAUCUAAACAGACUAAUAUUAGAGCUUUAAAUUUUGCAACAAAAUCAAGCCCAAAAUCAGAUAAAAUUGUAGGCAAAUGGAUGUUAACUUGUGGUGGUAUGGUUUUCAUAGCUGUAAUUUUAGGAGGUGUAACAAGACUUACAGAGUCUGGCUUAUCUAUGGUUACUUGGAAAUUACUGGGUGAAAAAAUGCCUGUUACUGAAAGUCAAUGGCUUGCAGAGUUUGAACGUUACAAACAAUUUCCUGAAUACAAAAUCACUAAUCAGAACAUGACAUUAGAACAAUUUAAACGAAUUUGGUGGAUGGAAUAUUUGCACAGAAUGUGGGGACGUUUGAUAGGCGCCGUAUUUAUAAUUCCAGCGACAUACUUCUGGUACAGAGGUAUGCUGAAACCAGGAAUGAAAACUAGAGUAGCCGUGUUGGGAACAUUAAUUGGUUUACAAGGACUUAUGGGUUGGUACAUGGUGAAAUCUGGUUUAGAAGAUCGUUUUGUGGGACCAUCAGAUGUUCCACGGGUUUCACAGUAUCGCUUAGCCGCGCAUUUAGGAAUGGCAUUUAUUAUAUAUACUGGGUUUCUGUAUAAUGCUUUAGAUCAUUUGAUUCCUGCUGAAAAAUUAAAUCUUAGUAAUUUAAAUGUUAAUAUUAGCGACGUAACACGGAAGCUGAACAGAUUUAGAAUGUUAGUUCAUUCAACGAAAGGAUUGGUUUUCUUCACUGCCUUGUCUGGAGCUUUUGUAGCAGGAAUGGAUGCAGGUCUAAUUUAUAACACUUUUCCGAAAAUGGCAAACAAAUGGAUACCGGAUGACGUAUUUGCGAUAUCACCUGUGUGGAAAAAUUUUACAGAAAACCCAACCACUUUACAAUUUGAUCAUAGAAUUUUGGGAGUAACCACUUUAUCAUUAAUUACUUACAUUGGAAUUGCAUCUCGUAAAUAUAAACUGCCUGGUAAUGCAAAAAAAGCUAUAAUGGCAGUUCUCUGUGCUAGUUAUUUCCAGGUACUCUUAGGUAUUACAACAUUAGUGCAUCAUGUCCCUGUACCAUUAGCUGCAGCUCAUCAAUCUGGAAGUCUUCUAGUUUUGAGUGCAAUGAUUUGGUUGUGCCAUGAACUGAAGUAUUUAAAGUACAUUGUUAAGUGAAGUUUAAGAAUGAAUUUUCACAACAUUAUGCUUUAUUUGACAAUGCAUUAAGUUAUAAUAAUCAUUUCCUAAAAAUUAAUUUACAUGUAUUUACUUUAAAGUAAUAUUACUACAAUCAAAAUACAGAAGUUUAAGUAAUUUCAUAGUUUGAUAAUGUAUUUAUAAUUUUAUGUUUACAAAGAACAAAUAAAUACCUAUUUUAAGAUAAUAAUAAACAAAUAUGUAUAGCAUUUUUAUAGUUCAAUGGUGUUACAUAUCUUGGACCUGAUAGAAUUAUAAUUUUAAAUUAUAAAUCAAAAUAAACUGACUACUAACAUCACUUGUCCUUUCCUAAACUUAGCCACAUAUUAAAUAUUUAAUGAUGUUAGUACUGGCACCUAAUUUCAAAAACCAGCUUUGGUAAGUAAUGUUAUUUCUUUAAUUAGUUUAAAAAAUGUGUAAACCCUGCUUAAUCAAUAAUUGCUACCUAGUAAUGUUUUCAUUAACAUUCCGAAACUUUUUUCGAUAUUAUCUAAUUUUUGUUUAGCAACGCAGUGAAUUUUGCUUUAUUUUAUUGGCAGUUGUUCUACCUUAUUUCCAAUCAGUCAUUCUUUAAUUUUUUUAAACGCCUCAUAUGCAUUGGUCCAACAUAGCAAUAUUAAUAUUAAGCAGUAGCAACAUUUAAUAGGCGUUUUGAAUUGCACUUUCGUUAUUGUAACGCUUUUUAUAUACACUCGUCAUAUUUUCACUUUGUAAUAUAGCAAUCGCGCCGCAUCACAUUUCUUGUUUAAUAUUACAUGGACAUGAGUAUUAAAGAAAAAUGUAUUUUAUCACUCAUACAUAUAAAAAUCAUAUCACUUAAGAGAAACGCAACAUUUAUAUUAAAAAUCUUUGUAUGAACAUGCACGAAAAAACAUACAAUUUAAUUUAUACUAUACACAAAAUAAUCUUUCCAUACUGUUUGAAUAUCAAUCAAAACGAACUUAAAAUGCAGUCUCUUUCAGUAUAUUGCAGAUAACCCAAAUCCUAUAUUGCAAAAUUAAUAUCAGUCUGAUAGAAUUUGUCAUUCGAGGGAUCUUAUGUCUUACUUAGUUUCUGGUAACGAAUGUUUUUCCAUAAAUGCGGUAUUACCAUUCCCAUUGGUGUAUUAUGGACUUAAAGAACGCGUAAAAUAAUACUUUAAAUAACGUUACUGCUUCACCAAAGAAAUCAUGUGGCAAAAGAAACCAAAAUACCAUUUGAUUGCAUGUCAUUAAUGCAUCAUUACAUAUUACUGUAAUAAAACAUUCGUUUCUUUGUGUAAAGGAGCCAUAGUUUGUGAACACAAUAAAGAUACAAGAAUGGUAUAUAUAAAACUCUUAAAUUUAUGAAUUCAAAACAAGUUCAACACUUAGUUGCAUUGCUUUAUAGUAGUGUAUCAGAAAAAUUUAUAAUAGAUAAUAUAAAAAUUUUGUUUCUUUUUCUUUUUUAUAUGAACAGAAUUUCAUACACUUUGAUCUUCGUACUUUUAACAAUUGCUUCCGAAUUAAUGUAUUAUUUUAAUUUGCGCGUAAUUAUCCAAUUUAUAAAUAAGUUAUUUUUAUAAGAUUAAAUACUUUUGUUUAGACACUCAAAUUGAGAAUAGUGGAACCAACGUAUACAUCUUCAUACCGAUAUAUUCUAUGUAUUAUGUAUUAAACAUACACGCACACGCAAUAUUAUAUAUUAUAAUUUUAUGAUCAAUGUAUAUGUAAACAAAUUUUAUCACUGUUGUGUUAGUAUAAUCAAGAAAUUCACACUUAUAAUAUGUCAUUUUGUAUAAUUAUAUUUUAGACCAUCUUUUAAUGCAACAUGUGGGACAGAAGUAAGAAUUAAGUGCCAUUAAAUUAAAUUAGUAGUACUUAUUUUCACUGUGUUGAUAAUUUUAUCGUAAGCACAAAUAACACGAAUGUGAAAGUGAUCAUACUGAUAAAAUUGUAUAAAAAUUAUAAAUUCUGCGCCACAUGUAAUUCAAUAUUAGUCUUAUGGUUUUUCCUCUGUGCAUCAUUCAACUGUAUAGAUCUUACAAUACAAUAUCUUAUUAGUACUUAUAGGAAGGAAUCGUAAACUUUAGGCCUUUAAUAGACCAAAGACAUAUUUUUAUCAAACAAUGCAAACUUACAUCCUAUAAACAUCCAUAAUACAUUCACAAAAAUUUAGAGAACUGACAAAAAAAAAAAUGUCAAAAACCUAUAUAUAUAUAUAUAUAUUAUU